AUGGACUCCAACAGUGCCCAAGGUUCUGUUUCUCUGGCACAGAUUGCCAUUUUCCUCCUUCUCAUAUCUUCCGUGAACCCUUUCCAGCUUUUCUACUACUUCUCUAAAUUCUGCUUCAUCUAUGUUCUGGUCAUUGUGACCCAGUCUGAGGCCAAAUAUUUUGCGGCAAGGAUGGAGUCAAAAGCCGCCGAGGUACUGGCGGUGUUGAAGAACAACAACCUGUCUAUUGACGCAAAAGUGACCCACUUACUGGGCCUGAAAUCUGAUAUUAAGCAAAAGAAUGUUCCCGAGGGAGCUGUCCUGCUGAUCUUCGAAUGUUUGCGGCAGUCAAUAGCGUCACAGCAUUUCUCUCUUCUUGCCGCGGGUUUCUCGACCCUUGCUCAUUUCUUGAAGAGGCUGUUUAUUCAAGAGCAACAUAGCUUAGUGUCUACUCAAGCCCGUGAUAUAUAUCCCAUCCUUCUCGAGCGUUUGGGGGACCAUAAGGAGCGCGUUAGGGCUCAGGCUGCCCAAGCAUUCACUGACCUAUGGCCUGCCGCAAAUGCGGAAGUCGAACAUUACGUACUCGAAGUCGCACUCGUGGGUAAAAACCCCAAAGCCAAGGAAAUGAGCAUGAUUUGGCUCUCAAGCAUGACCAAAAGCCAUGGACUGCUUUUCCGGUCGUAUGUUCCGAGUCUUGUUGCCUGCCUUGAAGACGCAGAUAGCGCAGUGCGAGACACGGCGAAAUUGACAGUUGUGGAACUGUUCCAGAAUGCACCUCCGCGGGCCAAGUCUGAUCUAAAACGACAAUUGGCCACGCAUAACGUGAGAAAAUCGAUUGCAAACGCGAUUUUGACUAGUAUCGGUUUGGGAAUCAGCGAUACAGAUCUUUCUCGCUCUCGUGCUGACAGUCAACCCCCUCGCCCCCCUUCUCGCGGCGAUGCGCUUCACCAGCGGCCUAUUUCCCGUGUUGAAGGCCACCCUGCUCGUCCUCCUUCUCGGGGUGAUGCCUUGCACCAGCGGCCCGUUUCCUUCAUUGAGUCUCAACCUGCUCGACCUCCCUCCCGUGGCGAUGCCUUGCGCCAGCGACCAAUGUCUGUCAUUGGCAGCCAGCCAGCCCGCCCUCCAUCUAGAGGCGAAGCCCUGCAUCAGCACCUAGCUGAAGAGCUCAGAGAAGAUCCAGCUAUCGUAUUGCAUAGUGAGAGCGCAAAAGUGGGCCCGGGCUCCUCAAGGAGUGAGCAAGACAGGGCAUUUGGCUCUGCACCUGUCUCCGCUGGACAUUCCGAUGCGUCUACUUCGCGACCGAGUUCCCAGGAUGGCGAUAGGGUCGAACCGCUUGUCGUCGCCUCAUCCCGCGAUAUCGAAGACUUGGUACGUGACAUGCUUCCCGUCUUCGAGGGAAGAGAGUCGGAGGAAAAUUGGAUGCAUCGUGAAAAGAGCGUCAUUACUCUCCGGAGGCUCACCCACGGAAACGCUCCCCACACUUUUUCUCAAACGUACCUUGCUGCCGUCAAAACCCUCCUUGAUGGCAUCUUUAAGGUUGUAAACUCUCUCAGAACCACUUUAGCCACAAACGGCUGUCUCAUGGUUCAAGAUCUUGCUCGUACAUGCGGCCCGAAGGCCGACCCCAUGGUUGAAAUUAUCAUGCAGAACUUGGUCAAGCUGUGUGCGGGUAUGAAGAAAAUCACUGCACAGAAUGGUAAUGUCACUCUUGAUGUAGUGCUUGAGAAUGUGACAUAUACCCCGCGCCUUUUACAUCAUGUUUCCAGUGCCUCAAUGGACAAGAACGUCCAGCUGCGUCUUUAUGCUGCAGGAUGGCUCAAAACAUUGAUGAACAAACAAGCGCGACACAAGAGCUCAAUUGAGCAUGGAGGCGGCCUGGACAUUCUCGAAAAAUGUAUUAAAAAAGGCCUCUCCGACGCUAAUCCUGGCGUCAGAGAAGUAAUUCGCUCUACCUUUUGGGUUUUCUUCCGUAUUUGGCCUGAAAGAGCCAACGAUAUCCUUUCCAACCUUGACAAUAAGUCACGAUCCUUGUUGGAGAAAGACCCAUCCAAUCCCAAUGUAGAUCACUCUAGCCUGAGGGAUUCUGCGUCUAAGCGAGGACUUGCCAGUAGCACUUCUGCCAUCUCAAGUCGCUCAGCUCUUAAAGAAGCUAUUGCGGCGCAGAAGAGGGCUCGUCUUGCUCCAGCUAGGAGCUUACCUCCUCGACCCGGAUCGGCUCAAUCCGCCUUGUCUGAAACAAUCUCAUCUGAUCACCAUACAAAGCCCUCUGCGGUGAGAACUGUUCCCACGGGCGCCCAUUCAUCUCUAUCAUCCGCCCCCAUGCGCCCUGCGACGAAACCACGCCGCCCUGAAAUAACGCGCCCUGCAACUGCAGACCCAUAUGCUUCUCGCAAGGCUGCGGCGAGCGACCUGCAUUCGAAAGCGUCCAGCAGAAUGGACAGCUCUCCAAAGGUUUCUCGAUCCAAACCAUCCACACCUUUAUCGAAAUCAGCUAGCUCCACUCGCCUCAGACAGAAAACCGAGCCCCCCCACACAGCCAGUACUACCAAGAGCAAGCCAAAACGGCUUGACAUUUCUAAGUCGACGAGGUCGAAAGACCAUUCUGUGACUGCAGGUCACCACCAAAGGAAUGAUUCUCACGAUAGUACAGCCUCUCAGCCUUUCGACCCAACCCAUCCACCAAUCACUCUGAGUAGCCCCGAUCACCCGGCUUUCCAGGCUUCUAUUCGUUUAGAAAGCCCUCCCGCGUUUGUGAUCCACCCCGAGGAUCACGGUUCGGGAGAUCAUGCUUCUGGCAACUCCAACAUCUUGACCUCGGAUCAUCCGACGAUAUCUCUCGAAGAUUACACCCCGAGCGAGCCACCACAUCAUUCUCCGGCAGAGUUCGUAGAACCUGUCGAUAUUUCUAGACCUACGCCCGGCAUGACAAGUAAGCAGCCUGAACCUGUGCGUAUUUACGAGGAUCCCAUUGUACCUGCUGUGGAACAAGGGGACCACUACGCACAUAAUUCUUCUAUCGAAUCUCACGGCAUAGAAAUGCCACACGAAACCGUUGAAGGACGCCCGGAGAAACCUUCUACUUCACCUCUGCAGGUAGCCGAACAGGAAUACCACCCCAUUGAACCCCUCCCAGAACAGGAAAGGACUGCUAGUGCCAGCCCUGCUAAUAUUCAAACAACUCCACAACCCUCAGACCUGGAACCACAAGCUCCAGCGGCAGGUCCUUCAACAAUGAUCAACUCCGCAAACAUCAUGGAUAUAUUUGGUCCGUAUGGGACCUUGCCCAAAUCCCGUUCAAAGAACAAUGAAAACAGUACACCGAACCCUAGAAAAAUUACCUUAUCUUAUGCAACCCGCAUUUCAGCGAAACAUAACGUUUUGGAGGAACUACAUACGAAUGAACCAGCACACCGUGAUAACACACCAGUUGCGCAUGUUGAGCGCUCACGCCAGCCUAGUAACGCUUUGGUUACCGUUGACGAGCCGUCUAACCGCCGUUGGAAGAGACUUGAGUCUCUACACCGACGGAGGAGUAUCAGUCCGCGGUCCCAGGACCCUGUCCAGGCGAAGGAGAUGCUUGCGAAGGGUAUAAAGCGAAUUCAGAUGAAGAAUAUGGACAUCCUAGGAUACCGCAAGUUGCAAGGACUGAUUGAAUUUCAUGAUGCUAUUUUCACCGAUGAGGAGCAGUAUGAUGCGAUGUUGCUGGCCCUGCUUGAGGAGUUGGAGAGCCCACCAGAUGACAGAAAACAACCACUUGGCCGUCCCAUGGAUUUGAAGACGCAAGUUCUUCUGACUGUUCGAUACAUGUUCACUCAUAAUAACAAAUACUUUGCCGCCUAUUACCCCCAGGCGGUGGUGGCUCUCCUCCACGCUCGACAGCAUUACGAUCCUAUGAACCACAUUGUCACCGGGCUGGAUGAGACAACGGAUGACAUUAUUUCCGAAGCCGAACCAAUCGAGAUUAUUGAUGCCGUGAUUAACAUGAUUACAACCAUGGAGAAGAAUGAUCAAGAAUACCGCGUAAUCGAAAAGGGUAUUGGUGUGUUAGCCAAAGCCCUAUCUCUUCUGAACGAAAACAAGACUAGCCUUCCCGAUUCCACUAUGGAGCGCAUCGGGACCUAUGCCGCUGGUAAUCUUAUGGCCAGUCACCUCGAUCUCAGGCGACAAUCUAUCGAAGUCUGUGUGCAAUUACGUUCCAUGGCCACCAGCGAUGAUCAUUUCUGGACGAUUCUUGGGCGGCCUGGGGAUGGCACCCGGAACCUGUUGACUUAUUACAAUGCUAAGCUUUCGAAGCAGUAG